GCUUUGCGCAAAUGGCUUUAUUUGUAAAUAAACAUUGCAAAGAUAGUCAAUGGAAUGCUAAAAUAGCAAGUGGUCGAUGGGCAACAUAUAAGAAAGCAUAUAUAGAAACUCAUAGAUUAACUGAAAAAUCGGGUUGGGGUCUAACUGAACAAGAUCACACUAAUGGUAUUAAUACCAUUGAUGCAAAAUUAGAAGAGUUAUGUCCAUAUUAUAGCAGAAUUGAUGCAAUAUAUG